ACUAAAUAGUAACUAGAAUUCUGGAAAUUGAGGGUGUUUGGGAGUGAUUAACUUGUGCAUAAAGUGAUUUCCACAAAAGCUGAAAGCAAAAGCACCAUAUACCUGCUUCUUCGAAACGAUUCGGCAUCACGGGUUUCUCCGGCAACGGAAUGAGUUCCGAAGUUCCGGUCGAAACCACCUCGGUCGCCUUGGUGGUGCCUUCCUCGCCGUUGCCCUUCGGGUCAAGUGUGGGGGCCGCCACCAUGACCUCCUACUCGAUGCCGAGCUCGAUCUUCGGGUCGGCCCCUCGACCCAUUCCCGGGCUCGAAACCACGGGUGAUUACCCCGUCGGUAAUUCGAACCCGUUUCUCGGACCGACUAUGGCUUCGGCCUCGACGAUCAACUUUGGACCGAAUGCGGGUUUCCCCGCACCGGUCAAUCCAUUCGUUGGACCUCAUUGGGCGACCAACGGGCCUUUCCUCCAUACGCCCAAUGCGGUUGGGGCCAUUUCAGUGCCCGCUAGCUCGGUCCAAAGGCCACCAAAGUUCAAUGGCACGAAUUUCAAGAUGUGGCAACAAAAGAUGACGUUCUUCCUGACCGUCCUGGGAUUUGCUGAGUACCUGCAGCAAGAUCCUCCCCAGCCCAACGAAGCUAACAACCCCCUCAUGGCGAUGGUGAACCAAGCAUGGUACCACAAUAAUUAUCUCGCCAUCAACAUUAUCCUCGAGGGGUUGACCGAGACGCUUUACCCCGUCUAUGCCGGUGCAAAGUUCGCUAAGGAGCUUUGGAGCAGCUUGAACAAGAAGUAUCAAGCUAAAGAUGCCGGCACGAAGAAGUUCAUCGUUGGGAAGAUGCUGGACUACAAGAUGGUCGACAGCAAAUCUGUUGUCACCCAGGCUGAAGUGCUUACGGUAAUCUUCAAUAAAUGUAAUGAAGAGUAGGUAGGCGUCAGCGAGGCUUUUCAAGUGGCAGCCAUCAUCCACAAACUUCCCCGGUCGUGGGAAGACUUCCAAGCCGACCUCAAGCUCAAAAGAACGGAGCUAAACCUGGAGCAACUGCUCACACGAUUGAGAAUCAGAGAGGAGGGGCGGAGGGGCAAAGGCGAAUGUGGUAGAACAUCCGUCGGGCUCUUCACAUGGCGGGAAGGACAAGAAGAAAAUAGGUCCUAAGGG